UGAUAUCAAUGGUUGCGUUGGUGCUCGUGUGGAUGUGGGUUGUUCGGAUGAUUUUGCUCGAUCAAGGAGAGAAUCGCCAUCCUUCAAAGUGCGGGUUGAACUGCCCGUGAAAAGGGACCCUGUACUAAACUCAGUGAGUGGGCAGAAGUCGAAGGUGGUGGAUGUACUGCAGAAUGAAAUUAUCAACCAAGGCGCAUUCAACCUUGAAAAGGUACUUCCAAACGGUCGCCCCGAUUUGACGUCGUUCCAACUACUGGAUGAAUUCCAUUGCCAAUCCGGGCAAGUCACCGUCGAUGAUGUUUGUGUGCCAUGUGCUCCUGGUUCAUUCCAUUCCGUACUGUCAUCUCAGUGUGAAUUGUGUCCGGAAGGAGAAUAUCAGCCUCUUCCUGGUCGAACUGAUUGCUUCAAAUGUCCGCCUGGUCACGUAACCGCUGGUCCAGGAGCCAUCGCUGAGAAUGAGUGCAAAGCGGAUUGCGAGCCAGGCCACUUUUUCGACAUGUCAUCUUCGAAGUGCGAACCGUGUGGAUUUGGUUUCUUCCAACCGCAGGGAGGAUCGUUCGAGUGCACCGCCUGUGGUGUUGGCAAGACGACGAUGACCGAAACUGCAACAAGCGACGAAGAGUGCAGGGACGAGUGUCCAGACGGUGAACAAUUAUCGUCAUCGGGUUCCUGCCAGUCAUGUCCAUUCGGCUCGUACCGUACUCGGGGUGAACACAAACAGUGUGUACUGUGUCCCACUGGUACUACCACCGAAUCUGUUGGGGCAACUCGACGUGAACAAUGCAAUACACCGUUAUGUAAAGCCGGACAGUUUUUGGUGAAAGAAACAAAGCAUUGCCAAUACUGCCCACGAGGCACAUUCCAAGACGAAGAGCAACAUACCACUUGCAAAAUGUGCCCAACUGAUCACACCACAGCAGCUCAAGGUGCGACAGCGGAAUCACAGUGUUAUUCAACAAACCAAUGCGCUACUGGUGAGGAUAACUGCUCAUGGCAUGCUCAUUGUAUAGAUCUCCCAGACGACAACGAUGUGCCGUCCUUCCAAUGUAAAUGCAAGCCAGGAUACCGUGGUAAUGGUACCUAUUGUCAAGAUGCUUGCACGAAUUACUGCCUCAAUGACGGUGUUUGUAAGAAGAACCCUGUUGGUUACGUGGAAUGUGCAUGUAAGGAGAACUUCAGUGGUGAACGGUAA